AUGCCAGGCUCACUGGACACAGGCCGUCGCACGGCUCUCAUUCUCAUCGAUAAUCAAGCAGCCUUCUGCGCUCCAGAAACAAUCUCUCACUGGGGAACCGGCCGCUCCAAUCCUCUCUAUGAAGCCAAUCUCCAAGCUCUCUUAUCCGCAUUCCGAAAUAAACGAUCUCUGUCGCCCGAUCUUAUAGAAGUGAUUCAUAUCUUCCAUUCUUCCGUGACGCCUGGUAGUCUGCUGCAUCCUUCUCAUGAAGGAAACGGAAUCCGGCCGCUAGAGUUUGCUAUUCCGGCCUCAGACGGAUCGGAGCCUGUCUUUUGGAAAUCCGUCAAUUCAUCUUUCAUUGGAACCAAACUCGAGGCACAUUUGCGCGAGGGGAAAUUUUCCCAGAUUGUUGUUGCGGGGUUGACCACUGAUCACUGCGUCUCGACCACUGUGCGUAUGGCGGCGAACUUGGGUGUUGUGAAUGAAAUCGAGAGUGAAGUGGAGAUUAAGGCUGAUGGAACGCAUGCCAAGGAUGCGUCGAUUAAGAAGGGCCGGAUCAUUCUGGUAUCAGAUGCAACUGCGACAUUUGGCAAGGGUGGAUUUGAUGCGGAAACCAUCCACCAGGUCUCUGUUGCCAGUCUCGAUGGGGAGUUCUGUGACGUUAUGACAACAGAGGACGUGGUCAAGGGCUUGAGAGAAGGUUAA